GGCGGGACAUGUCUUCGGGAAAAAAUACUCCGCAUACGGGGCUGUUGGGAUUUUGUUGUGGCUCUUAGUCUAGUAGCUUCAAGAAUGGAUAACAUUUUGGAGGUGGAUAACCUAGAAAUGCGUCUUCGGGAGCUGGAGAGUCGUAUAUACGGGGAGAGAAGAAACAAAAGUGGAAAACCCGUCAAGUGCGCUGAGUCUUUGGCCAGGAUUCAGGCUGGUCUGACCAAUACGGCCAACAAGAGAGAACGAGUGAAGAUCCUGCACAAGAAGAUUGAGGACCUGCUGAAGUACCUGGACCCCCAGUUCACAGACCACAUCUCUGUACCUGAUGCCAUGAAGCUGGAGUUCAUUCUUGCUGAGGAGGACUUCCUGCUUUCCCAGGCUGCUUUGCUGGAGCAGGUCAGCAACACACAGCCGCUGCUGGACAGCACCUACAUCCGAGAUGUACCGGAACACGCCACCAAGCUGCAGCGCCUGUCACAGAUUCACAUCAAAGAGCAGGACCAAACUGAGGCUCAGUCCCUGGAAGUGAAGAACCUUUUUGAGGAAUACAACAAAAUGAUGUUCCUGCUGUCCAAGCAGUUCACCCAGUGGGAUGAGACCCUGAGGAAGCUGGAGGAGGCCAAGGGCAUUCGGCCCGUGGAGUAGCUCCUGUCAACAUACUGAUGAUGAAGAAGAAGAAGAAGAAGACUGCGCUGUGGCGGGAGCUUUAGAUGAGACGCGUAAUUGCCGCCCCCCCCCCCACUCCAUGAUAUUGUCUGUUCUCAACAAUUCUCAAAACCAAUCUUAUUUAAUAAAAUCAUCACUAGGAAUGGAGCACAUGUAAAAAUGUAAAAGAACUCGCACUCGUGUGACUGUUCAUCAGUCGUCUGGAGGAACUCGCUCCCAUCACGUGACGUGUGGUUCAGACAGCUCGGAGAUGCUGCUGUUAUUUAUUUUCUGACAAUAGAGCUUUUUAUGUUUGCAUAUAUCGACUCAACUUGUAACACAUUCUAACACUGCCUCCCUACUGCAGGACAGUCACAAGACUUGUUGUUCUGCUCUUUACCCAUGUUCUCUCUCUCUCACACACACACACACACACACACACACACACACAGAUAUCCUCUUCAAGGCUUUAGAUUUUCUCUCUGGAUGCCUUCUGAAAUGAUUUGUAAAAACUUAAAUUAGCUUAAUUAUUCUUUCCUAUAUUCUGGAUUUAAAAUGUUCUAUAUGUCUCCUGUCAUACAGCAUGACUGCUGUUAACACAAUAAAUAUUACUUUUUUCUUUCACUUUU